UAACGUACUUUCGAUUUCGAAAAUCUAGUCUGCAUGGAUGCUUGCCUCAUAAAUGAAGAACGGAUGCUAAAUGAGCGACUGAUUAAGGACAAAUUUAAAGAUGCGAAUAAAUUUAACAUAUUGCAUCUACCAUGCAUCUAAAGCUAGUAAAGUAUUCCCCGUCAGUGCAUUUUCAAAGAUAGAGAGCAGGUAUCCAAGUGUAAACGACAUCAACAAACGGCAUAAAUUCAGCUUAGUACUCCCCCAUAAAACGACUCCAGUAAAAGAUAUUCAAGAUCACAUACGUAAGCCACCCUAUGCAUUUACUGGGGUAGUAGGACCAAAACCAUUGGAUAUUGAUAUCAAAACUGAGGAGCAAAUUGCUGUUAUGAGGGAUACAUGCCAACUAGCUAGAAAAAUUCUGGACAGUGCAGGAAGAUAUUUAAAGGUUGGUGUAACAACUGAUGAGAUAGACGAGGUUGUGCAUCAGAUGUGCAUAGACAAUGGAGCCUACCCAUCUCCCCUCAUGUACAACCAUUUUCCCAAGUCCAUCUGUACAUCGGUCAAUAAUGUAGCAUGUCACGGCAUUCCUGACCUACGACCUCUAGAGGAAGGGGACAUGAUCAAUGUCGACAUUACUAAUUGUCUUACAGCACAAGAAAACACACAUGACCACUGGCCUGUUUAUGAUUCUGUUGUUACAAAGUGCUGGAAAACAAUUUAUAAGAAUGGUGUGCAUGGUGAUGUGUCUAAGACCUAUCUGAUUGGAGCUGUGGAUGAAAAGGGCAGACAACUGGUGGAGGUAACGGAGAAAUGCCUGUACGCUGGGAUAGCACAGUGCAGACCGGGACAGAAAUUCCUGGCCAUUGGGACCGCUAUCAAAGACCUCGCAAAGGCAAAUGGUUUUUCGGUCAUACCAGCAUUCUGUGGACACGGCAUCGGACACGAAUUUCACACACCACCAGAAAUCAUUCACAUACCUUUAGAUGGAUGUGAAUCGCAGCACGUGACGAUGAAAGAAGGAAUGACCUUUACCAUAGAACCUAUUCUAUCGGAGGGGACGGACAUGAUAGCCAUUCUGGAGGACGAUGGCUGGACGGCACUAUCCGAGGACGGAAGUCGCUCCGCGCAGUUCGAGCACACCGUUCUGAUAACUUCCGAAGGAUGUGAAAUAUUAACAAUAUCAGAAGAAGAAUUAAAGAGGGAAAGGAAGAAGAAGGAUGCGUGAAACAAUCCAAUCUAUAUUAGGCUUUUUCAAAGAUAUGUUUUCCACAAAGUAUUUGUAAAGAGUGCAAAAUAAGAUGACGUGGUAUCAGACAUGUGUACAAUUGUUCUGUUUUCCUUUGUGACGAUUUAGAAAUCAAUGUUUGAAAAAUGAAAUAUAUUUUGAUACAUUGUAACGUGUAGAGAGAGAGAGAGAGAGAGAGAGAGAGAGAGAGAGAGAGAGAGAGAGAGAGAGAGAGAGAGAGAGAGAGAACAAUCCUUCACGUGUUAGAUCAUUAGAUCAUAGUUCCAUAUCUAGUAUAUAAGAUAAGAAAGCGAGACGAUACAACUUAUCAACAGAGUUGCUUUUCACAACCAUGGCGAACCUUGGACUCUUCUCCGCUUUCUUAUGUAUUGCAGUGGCGCUGGCCAACCAUAACUACAAACUCGAACUGUUUCAUCAUUUUGAUCACGUGAUGCAUGCUGAUUCUACGAAUGUCCCUGUUCUUAGUCAGCAGGAAUUCCUAAACAUGUUUCAUCAGAUUGGAACUAAUCCUCACGACUUUUCGUCACACUGGUCGUCGCGCCACCUACCCUGUUCGAACGAGGCUCAUUAUUUCUUCCAAGAGUUCGACGCAAACAAAGACAACCACAUCAGCGACUCCGAAAUCAUCUAUUUUUUCAAAUUGUUUGAUCUAAAUGAGGACCAGGAGGUCACUGAGGGUGAGUUCAGCAUGGCCUGGGGGGCAUUGUUUGACGGGUACUUGAACACCCACUCGCUCCACUGCAAGUCCAGCGACGACGAUGACGACAGGAAGUGAACCCCCGUACAGGAAUCACAGACUGGGAUUCAAUCAGUGGAUCGAGGGGAAAUAUGACCAUGAUUUUAAUAUUAAAAAAUUUUGAAAAUAAAA